GGUCUUCAUCUGGGUUUCACUGAUCAACGUUCAGAGAAAAAGAAACAGAGGACCAGGGAAAAGAACGUUUGCUAGGAAAUGACCUAUUAUGACUAGUAAAAAAGCAUUACCCAUCUCAACCUUUGGUAGUGGCUUUUGGGUUAGUUAUCAGAAUUCCCCAGCAAAAAAGAUGAGGAUUCUCGAAUUUUCACCCUCUGAUGGCAAUGGUUCUUCGGCUGAUGAUGAACCUUUACCUCAGGAUGCAGAUUAUGAUGCUGUGAGUCUCAGUGAUGAGCUUGAGACUUCAAUCUUGGCCAGAUUUCCAAGAUCACAGCACUGGAAAUUGUGUUUUAUAAAUAAGUGGUUCUUGAAUCUUAUUAAGAGUGGUGAGAUCUAUAAAAUAAGAAGAGAGUUAGGAUUCAAAGAACCAACUGUGUUUAUGUUAGCUAGUGGUGAGAGCAAUUGGUGGGGAAUGGAUUGGCCUUUCAAGUCAAGCAGAAAGCUUCCUCCUAUUCAAUCAGAUUACAACUUUGAGUAUGGAGAUAAGGAAUCAUUUACUGCAGGGUCCCAUCUUUUAGUUUCAGGCAAGGAGAUUGAUGGAGCUGUUAUUUGGAGGUAUGAUUCAGAAACUGAUGAAUGGCUCAAGGGUCCUUCAAUGAUCAAUCCAAGGUGUCUUUUUGCAUCAGCUACCUGUGGUAACUUUGCUUUUGUUGCUGGUGGUAUUGAGACAAACACUUACAGCCAUGUCUUGGAUUCUGCUGAGAAGUACAAUUCAGUGAGCCAAACAUGGGAACUUCUUCCCAAGAUGAACCAGAAGAGGAAGUUUUGCUCCGGUUGUUUCAUGGAUAACAAGUUCUAUGUCAUUGGAGGACAAGAUGAGCAUCUGAAGGACCUCACUUGUGGGGAAUUCUUUGAUGCAAAGACAAAUAGUUGGAACUUGAUUCCUGACAUGUGUAAAGAUAUUCCUCUUUCAGUUUCACAAUCUCCACCUCUUCUUGCUGUUGUUAAUAAUGAGCUUUACACGCUCGAUGCUUCUUCCAAUGAGCUGAAAGUGUAUAUGAAGGGAAGCAACACAUGGAAGAAGUUAGGUGUGGUUCCAGUGAGAGCUGAUGCUCAAGGAGGUUGGGGUGUGGCAUUUAAGUCUCUUGGUGAUGAGAUACUUGUUAUUGGUGCAUCUGCUGUCUCCCAUACAGAACGUGCCUUGACUGUUUAUACUUGUUGCCCUGAUCCAGAUAUUGAAAAAUUGCGGUGGAAGCAAAUUGAAUGUGGCAGCAUCCAGCUUAAUCACUUUAUUCGCAAUUGUGCUGUGAUGGGAACAUAAAAGUCUGAAUUUUAAGCAACAAGAAGAGUAGCUUGAAACCAAUCUCAAAAUAAAACUUGCAGGUUAUUCUGGAAUUGUCCAUAAUUACAUCAUCAAGCUUCUGUUAUUUGAUCUUUGUUUUUCCUAUGUCACAUGUGGUUGUCACUUUCUCAAACAUCUUGUUAGGAAGCUUGUUGAUGUAUCUUGUUCCUUUCAACUUUAAAGUAGCAGGGGAUUGAUUGAAAAUGGCUAGUACAUCCUAUUGUUGGUGAAGAAGUUUCAUAGCUCAAAUGCUAUUUCUUUCUUCUGUUGUUCU